AUGGCUACACCUAGUGUCCUAGCUUUUGACGCUGAGGGUCGCGCCAUUGACUUUGAGGUCUGGGUCGACGACCUGCAGCUGUUCUUACAGUGCGACAGAGCAAACGGCCUUUCUCUCUUUGACCUCACUUCUGGCGCCUCUCCUGCCCCUGCUGCUGAUGCUGAUCCCCCUGUGCGCUCUCAGUGGGCCACCCGCGAUGCUGCUGCACGUCUAGCUGUGCGUCGCCACCUCCCUACCUCUGAGCGCGCGCACUUUAGUCAGUACAAGAGUGCUCAGACCUUGUACGACGCUGUAGUUGCACGCUACUCCUCUCCUGCCACUGCUGCACUGAGCCGUCUCAUGCUUCCCUACCUCUUUCCUGACCUCUCUGCCUUUCCCACUGUCGCUGACCUCAUUACGCACCUCCGCACUAGUGACACUCGCUACCGCGCCGCCCUUCCUGCUGAGGACCACUUUCUCGCAGUCUAUCCCACCACCCUCACUGUCGACAUCCUCGAGAAGGCCCUCCUCGCGGCGGAGAAGAGCAUCGUCGCUGUAGGAGCUUCUCGUGGUGACCCUCGCACCCCCAUCUUUGAGGGGUGCUCUCCUUCCCCCCUCCUGCCCUCUGUUGCCUCUGCUGCUGCUGCCGACCUGCUUGGUGUCGAGUCGGUUGGCGCGGCGUCUGCCCCUAGUGGGAGACGCCGCUCUCGCAAGGGCAAGGGGGGCAAGGGCGCGGGUGGAGCUGGAGGGGGCGGUGGAGGUGGCGGUGGAGGCGGCAGAGGGAGUGGGGGUGGCGGCGGGAGUGGUGGAGGGGGUGGUGGUGGGAGUGGUGGCAGCGGCGGAGGAGGCGGCGGUGGUGGCGGCAGCGGUGGUGGUGGCGGCAGCGGUGGCGGUGACGGUGGGGGAGGCGGCGGCGGAGGAGGCGGUGGUGGCGGAGGAGGUGGAGCUGGUCGGAGCGGUACCCAGCAGCGGAGCGGCGGUGGUGGUGGUCAGCGCUCGCAGCAGCAGCAGCAGCAGUGUUCGCGCGACAUCCCUCCGCCCCAGCAGCUCCGUGAGUGGUACUCUCGACGUCAGAGGGGUGGGGGUACUGGUCCUUGUACCUACGUCCUUCGCUCUGGCGACCGCGCGGGUGAGCAGUGUGGGGCUGCCCACCCCACCCAGCACUGCUUUGGCCGCCUCACGGACGCUUGGCGUCAGCAGUUCCCCGGGGCUAGUGAGAUCCCUCGCUGGGAUGAGCUUCUUAGGGCUGGUGUAGCGAUCUUUGAUCUUGAUUUUGAUGCUAUCCUUGCUGCUAUGUAUGCUGUGACUAUUAGUGAGGAGGGUGACUGUUACCGGUGUUUCCCGCCCGACCCGGGCAUUGGUACUGCUGCGCUAGGUGCUUGUGAGGCUGCUGCUCUAGGUGCCAGUGCGUCUGCGCUCUCAAGUGCUGGUGAGACUGCGCUCUCAGGUACUGCGUCGCCUUCGUCCUCCCUCACGUUCACACUUGACUCCGGGGCUUCUCGCUCCUUCUUUCGAGACCGCACCACCCUCACGCCGCUUGGCCGGCCGGUUGCGGUCUCCCAGGCUGACCCUUCUGGGGGUCCUGUCCUCUCUCACUUCUCCACUGUCCUCCCGUGUCCGGCUGCCCCCUCGGGCACCCUGUCUGGUCUGUACCUUCCCUCGUUCUCGACAAACUUGGUGAGUGGUGCGGACCUACAGGAUGCGGGGGUUCACCAGUUCACUCCUGCGAGUCAGCAGGUGACCCACUGCACGGACGCACGCACAGGCCGGCACCUGGCCACGUUCUCGCGUCGGCCGGGGUCGAGCCUCUUCACCCUGACCACUACGUCUCCUCCUGUCCCUGCGUCUGGUCAGGUAGCUGCGUCAGGUCAGGUGUUUGCUGCUGCGUCCCGGUCAGGUCCUGAGUCUGCCCCCUGUUCGUGUCGCCUCCUGUCUCACGAGACCCUCCUGUGGCACCACCGUCUGGGCCACCCCUCCUUGCCCCGCCUUCGGAGCAUGGCUUCCCGUGUCCUUGUCUCUGGUCUUCCCCAGUCCCUCCCUCCCCUUCCUUCCGGGCCAGGACCUUCCUCCCCCGUCCGUGGGCAGGGUCACGAGCGCUACUUCCUGUUGGUAGUUGACGACUACUCGCGUUACACCACAGUCCUCCCCUUGCGCAGCAAGGGUGCUGUCACUGAGGUGCUGAUCGACUGGAUCCGCGAGGCUCGUCUCCAGCUCAGGAGGAGCUUCGGCUCGGACUUUCCUGUUGUGCGUCUGCACUCGGACAGAGGCGGGGAGUUCUCCUCUCGCCUUCUGCGAGACUACUGUCGUGCACGGGGGAUCCGCCAGACCUUCACGAUUCCGGACUCUCCACAGCAAAAUGGGAUUGCUGAGCGCCGCAUUGGCAUGAUCAUGGAUGUCGCUCGUACGUCCAUGAUGCAUGCGGCUGCCCCCCAUUUUCUGUGGCCGUUUGCGGUGAGGUACGCGGCGCAUCAGCUCAACCUUCACCCCAGAGUCUCUCGGCCCGCGAUGUCCCCAGUGUUACUGUGGACAGGGAAGGUCGGCGAUGCGUCUGCGUUCCGUGUCUGGGGAUCUCGGGCAUUUGUCCGCGACUUGUCUGCGGAAAAGCUGUCCCCUCGUGCUGCUCCCUGUGUCUUCCUUGGCUUCCCCCCUGACGCUCCAGGGUGGCAGUUCUACCACCCCUCCUCUCGUCGUGUUCUGUCCUCCCAGGACGUCACGUUCGACGAGUCAGCCCCCUUCUACCGCCUCUUCCCCUACCGCACUUCUUCCCUUCCCCCGCCACCGGACUUCCUUGUGCCGACGCAGUUGACCCGGUCGAGGUUACUGGUGACUCUGGUGCUGCUGCGGGUGCUGGGCCUAGGGGGUGCUGACUCUAGGGGUGCUGUGCGCGGGGGUGCCGAGCCUGGGGGUGCUACUGCGGCGGGUAAUGAGCCUGGGGGUGCUGACUCUGGGGGUGCUGUGCGCGGGGGUGCCGAGCCUGGGGGUGCUACUGCGGAGGGUGCUGAGCCUACUGAGCCUGGAGGUGCUGCGUCUAGGGCUGCUGAGCCUGGGGUUUCUCCUGGUGCUGCGUCUCGGCGGGAGCCCCUCUCUCCACAGGAGCUGCGCGAGUGGUUUGCUCGCCACUGGAGGCGUGCUGCUGGAGUUGGAGCUUCUUCGACCGUCGAGGGUGCUGGUGCCGCCGGUCCCGGAGCUGCUGGGCCUGCGGGUCCUACUGGAGCUGGGGCUGCUGAGGGUGUUGGUGCUGAGACUCCUGCUGUCUGUCCUCGCGGUGGUUCUGCUGCUGGUGCUACUGGAGGUCCAGCCGCUGGAGGUGUUGGUGGCGCUGGUGCUGCCGCUGAGGGUGCUGGUGCUGUCCCUGCUGAGUCUGGAGCUGCCGCGCGGCCUCGGCCGUACUUUGUUCCGCUCCUGCAGCAGGUUCUUGGUCUUUCUCCUCCGGUAGAGUGUCCACAGCCUGUCCAGUCGCAGUCACUGUUGGAGCCUUCCUCCCCUCUACCUGCUCCCUCUCCUUACACUGGUCCUACUGGAGGUCUUGCUGAGCGUCGUGAGCCUGCGUCUCGUCCCGCGUCGCCUGUUCGUGCUGCUCGCGCUAGUGGUCGCGGUUCGCGUCAGCGUCCUCCUCCUGUCCCUGGCACGCACCGGAUGUCUCUGCGUCCGUCCACUGCUCCUCUGCGUGCCCCUUUACCUUCUCCUCCUGAGUCCUCCCUUCCUGUGCUUGCCGACCCACAUUCGGACUCCCUUCGUGCUGCCAGUCCUACUGUCACGCGUCUGCUUGCCACUGUCGUCACUGACCCCUCGUUUGAGUCCACUGCUGCGUCUGCUCUUGUCGCUGAGCUUGUCGACUUUGCUGCUCGCUGUCGUCUAGACUACGCUGCUAGUCUUGUCGCUGAGUCUGCGUCUGUCUGUCCUCCGUCCGUCGGGGGUGAGUGUGCUCUUGGCACGCACGUCCUAGAGGACAGGCAGGAGGAGUUACAGUGUCUGGCUGCUGCUUCACCUCAUCUCACGUCUUAG